AUGGAUGCAGACCUAACCUUGGUGGACAGGGAUCAAGCCAAUUGUCUCCACCUUUGCUUCCGGGAAACCAAGGAAGAGCAAGCGGAUAUGAAGGAAGACCUCCUAAAGCUGGUCACUUCCCUGACUCAGGCGGGCGUUCCGGUGGACGCUUUAGACGCGGAAAAGAAACGUCCGCUCGAUUACGUCGAUGAUGACGUAAUGAACGAGUUUCAGGAUCUUUUAGGCGGGGCGAGCUCCACUGCCCAGCGUCUUACUGUAGACAGAAGUGAGGCGCCAAAAGAUACGGCAGAUAAGCCAUCGACUUUGGUUACCGGCCAGCCCGAUAACACAGGCACUGCUAUAAACGCGGGUUCAGGCAAAGCGGACAAGGUGGCUGUUACUGAGUCAGGCAAGCCGGACAAGGCGGAUGUUGGCACAACCGAUCAGCUGCAGAGAUCAAUCCAUGGCGGCGGCGGAGGUAGCUCUAUAUCGGCUGCGCCACAGAUGUGUCAAGACUGCGAGGAGGACCCUAUUAAGUUUAAAUUUGAACCAUGCGGUCACCUUGUGUGCGAAGACUGCGUACCAAAAAAGAAAAAGAAGAAGUGUGGCGUUUGUAGCGAAAUCUUCCAGAGUGUGAAAUCACUUUCUUAAGUCAACGUGUUUUCGUGAUGUGCAUGGACUUAAUGGAUUAAUAAGUUGAACGUUUAUAUAUGUUUUGGUGUGAAUAAAAUUAGUUUUUGGUUACAGGUUUCAAUAUUUACUUUACGUUUUUAGUUGUUAUUCAACAUAGCAUACCUGUGUAUGUGCUUUCAAAUGACAAAGCGCGGAUUUUAUCAUUUUCAAAUGUAUGACAUUCAUUUACAUAAAUAUAUUUCGGAUGCGUAAUUACAUAAGUUUAUAUAAAUUUAAUGAGUUUUUUAAUGUUGUAAUUUAUCAAAUUUAUUGAUAUAUCAAUAUACCAAUAUCAGAUGCACUAGUAGUAUAGCGUUUUAGAUUAAAAACAUGAUUCAAAUGUAUAUAAAAAACAAACACAUUAUUUAAGACAAUAUAUUUUCAAGAGAUUUAUUGAUAAGUAACGCAUAAGUUGAGUUAUAACAGGAAAGCAACUGACCUACAAGAUCAAAGAGAAAUAAGACUUUGCUCAUGUUAGAAUUCAAAUGAGUGGUAAUUUAUAAUUUAUAUCGGUUUCCUGUAUUUAGGAAAUGAUUUCAGUCGUAUAUAAAGUAUCAGUAUUGCAUACAUUUAUAUAAUCAGAUGAAUCUGUAUAAAGGAAACUGACAAUACUUUGUCGCAAAAAAAGAUGCACUCACAAACAACGUACCUUGUUUUUUGUUGUUUAAAUUUUAUUAAAUUCGUAAAGCAAACAGAAAAUAAUAAAAUACAAAUUACGAGGGUAUCGUUGGAGUACCAGGCUUUAGUUGUAUAUAUUAAAAUUUCAGGGUUUUUUUUGCACAACGCUUGUCAGUUUGUUCGUUUGGAUAUAUAGCUCAACAUCUUACAGUUUAUCAUUCAUUCUGGCAUCGAAUUGAAACUUUGUUCUUUUUGUCUGUAUAUUCAUAACAAAAUAAUAGUGUUUAAUGUCUUAAUAAAUAUUACCAACAACGU